GCUGAGGGAGCCCUUCCACCGGCCCUCCCCCCCCGCCGGGCGGAGCCCGCCCUCCCGCUGCCCCCUCCUCACGCUGGAGCCCGGCGACACCCUUGGGUGCUCCUGCCCCGCCAUCAGCGGGAAUGUCAUUCAACUGAACCGUCGUCUCAAUCUGACAACAGCAGAAGUGGGGGUGACCAUGGCGACUCAUGCGUUCCUGGGUCUCCCCGUGGUUCUGCAGCAGGGAGUGUCGUACUGCCUCCUCCAGCAGCAGGGCUUCGUCAGUGGGUAUGGCCAGGACAUCUCCAUGCCCCUGUGGAGCUCCUUCAGCCUGGAGGCCCCGGCGGACCUGGACCCGUUGCCGGCGGUAACCGACUCCUGUCUCCGGGCAGAUGUGCGGCUUCCUCCGUCUAAGAGUCCCAGAUGUGACCAUGACCACGUCGCCCCGGGCAACAACAUCAGCUACGCCUUCCUCUAUCCCCCAGGUCUGAACACCACAGCGGAUGAGCAGUUUGAUGGCCUGUUGAUGAGUAACGUGGUGCCCAUGUUCCCCGCCUUCAAAAAGAUCUGGGAUUACUUCCAGGGUACUCUGCUGAAGAAGUACUCCCAGCAGUACGGGGGCAUCAACGUGGUCACCGGACCCGCCUUUGACUACAACUACGACGGGCGCUUUGACUCCCAGGACCAGAUCCAGGAGUUCGUCCCCGGCUCCUCCGUCCCCGUCCCCACGCACUACUUUGCGGUCCUGACCAGCUGCUCCGACACGGCCCAGACGCCGGCCGCCUGCUCCGGGAGCCUGAGCACCGUCUGCUUCCUGCUGCCGCAUCGCCGCGACAACGCCGAGAGCUGCCAGAGCGCAGAGAGUGAAUCUCAUUGGGUUGAAGACCUCAUGUGGUUCCACCAAUCACGGGUCCGAGAUGUGGAGUGGAUCACUGGAUUGGACUUCUACCAGGGCAGCGGGCGACCAAUCACAGAGCUGCUUCAGUUGAAGGCCCGCCCUACGGCCGCCAUUAAGAGGAAGCUCUGAGGAGCUGAAGAACAGGUGGUCAGAGGAUUAGAUCCAAUCAAAUCUCUUCUAUCACAAGAAUCUCUUUUGCAUUCAGACAGUUUGACUGUAAAUAUAUUUAAUAUACUUUGGAGUCUGCCUAGUGAUACGAUAGUUUAUACUGUAAAUUAUGAUAGGAUAACUUUAUACUGUAAAUGCUGCCUGAUAUGAUCACUUUAUACUUUAUGAUGAAAUGAAAACUUUAUGACCUUUGUAUAUGUGACUGACCGGUGUGCUUUCUCAUGUUCCAUCAUUUCCCCCUCCACUAAAGCAUGUGGUGGUGGUGAAGUUUGUGUAAGUGAUCUUCUGACGAGCUGUGGAGAUGAUGACUUGUGACUGGUUGGCCUGAUCCUUACAGCUUCUGCUUUCAUAAAAUAAAGAAAAACCACUGAUACGAACUCUUAAAUAAAUACAAUUCAUUCA